GGGGAGCAGAAGAAGAGGAAGACGGGCAGCUCCGCUGUGGUUGCGACGACAGCAGAUGAGGCUCGCCAGCUUCCUCCAGUGCGGUUGCGGGGCGCCGCGGCCCGAGGAGAAGCCGCAGGCGGCCCGGACGGGGACUGAUCCCCGUGACCGUGGCCGCCGUCGCCGCAGCCGUGGGAACGACGCCUCGAAGCCCUGGAGGCCGUCGCUCGCGGCGAUCUCCGAGAACGGCGCGCCGACGAGGGCGGCGGCGGGUGCCCGAGAUGGAAAGAUGACCGCUGACGGGGCAGAGAAGCACAAGGCCGUCGUCUCUCGUCGGGUCCUUCCUCGCGAUCACAGUGACCACGACCGGUAUUCAGAUGUUUCUUCAGUUGUGCCGGCAUUUAGUCCCACUGCCUUUUUGUUCUAGUGCCUAAUUCAGUGUUCAUCUGCGAUGAAAAAGAAGAAGAGAAGAGUGAAGGAUGACCGGAAGAUGAAGAAUGCUUUGUGCAAGAUUUAGUGAUUUUGUGCCAUUUACUCAGCAGUCACUUCUUCCUAUUCAUCCUUCCUUUUCUGUAUAUUUUCCCUUUACAAAUCCUUGUGUAUACAAAAGCUAGAAUGAAAUAUGUAAAUAUCAGAACAUGACAAUUCAGAUCAGUA